AUGGUUGCUGACACGCAGGUCAAGUUCCGCCGCCCCGACCUCCCGAGCCUCAGCGACACGCCCCACUCGCAUUCGGGCAGCAAGCAGGGCCGUCCGCCGCUCUACACCGACGAGGACAUUGACGCUCCCCUCGACACGGGGCGACACGUGCACUCGCCUUUCUACGGCGGCCCCUCGCGGCGCGCGAUCGACAUUGCCUCGGACCCGCUCCCCGUCAACGCAACGCUUCGCGAGCGGCUGGACGUGUGGCGCGCCGCGCCAGGCGGGAGGGGCGGGGACGACGUCGAGCCGGGGCAGUUUGUGCAGUGGUCUCUGGAGCGGUGCAGCAACAUUGCGCGGCAGACGAACGAGCACAUGGUCAAGACGUUUGCGAACACGUGGGGCAGCACGACGCGCGAGUCGCUCCACGCCCUGCGCGAGGAACUCAUCACGUACAUGGAGGGGCUGAUUGACGGCCCCGAGCUGCGCAACACGGGCAACGGGACGGGCAUCGUCUUCGUCGCCGGCAACGCGGACACGCUCCUCCGCACCAAGUGGGCGGUGCAGAUGCUGCGUUCCUCUGGCUGUUCUCUCCCCGUCGAAAUCGCCUGUUUCCCCGAAGAGGCGCCGGGGGAGGACGACGCGCCCCGCCGCGAGCUCGCCGAGAUGGACGCGAUUAUCCGCCCCAUAGCGGGCGAGAAGAAGAAGCCCGAGGGCAAGUCGUACCACCUGAAGGCGCUUGCCGUCAUCCAGAGCCCCUUCCAGCACGUCCUGUACCUCGACAGCGACAGCGUGCCCGCCGUCGACCCCGCGUACAUGUUCGACGCGCCGAGUUACAAGCGGCUGGGCUUCUACCUCACGCCCGACUACUGGAAGACGUCGGCUGUGAACCCGCUCUGGGCCGUCAUGGGCGUCGCGUGCCGGGACGAGUGGGAGGUGGAGACGGGCCAGGUGCUCGUCGACAAGGCGCGGCACCUCGAUGUCUUCCACCUGCUCGCGUACAUGAUGCGGCGGCACGAGACGUGGUUCCGCUUCAGUGACGGGGACAAGGACCUGUUCCGCUUCGCCAUGCUUAUGCUGCGUAAGCGGUGGGCCGUCCCGGAGCGGUGGAUCGCGGCCGGCGGCCUGCCAGGCGACACGCUCACGGGAUGGUGUGGGCUGAGCAUGGUCCAGAGCGACCCGUGGGGCAUGCCGGCUUUCGUGCACUACAAUCUCCUGAAGCAUGUGCCCUCGGGCGUUGGGCGGGGUUUCUCCUGGGGACGCCAGAAGCAGAUGCCCCUGUUUGACUCGUGGCCCGCCAAGGACGGAGAGACGCGCGAGGGCAUGCCAGCCACCGAGCCGGAGAAGAAGGAGGACGACCGCUGGGGCGACAUCGACUGCGACAUGCUCGCCGACGCCGACGACUAUGGCACCGCACGGGCUCCGGCGCCAGAGCGGACGCGCCGGCGCGCGGCGAGGGAGAGAGGCGCCAAGGCCUUCGUGCACGGCGGCUCCAAUUCGGCCUUCUGCAUAGGCUUGGAAUCCCGCGCCCCCCGCUCGCCCGCCACGAUCGAGGCGGACCGCGCGGCCAAGUCGCUGAGGCAGAAGGAGUACGAGGCCGAGAAGGCGCGUUGGGCUGCAGAGGUCGAAAGGCUGCGACAGGCCGGCACGCCCGAGUCCGAGCUCCCGCCCGAGCCGCAGAACGAGGAUGCGGGAGAGGUCGACUGGGACGCGAGCCCGAUUGAGGACGUCGAGUGGAAGAAUAUGGACCAGUUCCGCGACUUUGAGCAAAGAAUUUAUGAUUUCGGCUUUGAGCCUAGCGCGAAGGGCUUAUAG